AGCACUUAAUCCACUUCAUUUCAACUUCCACGUCGGAACCACUCUCUCAACACAACCGCCAAAAUGGGUAAAGAAAAGAUGCAUAUCAACGUGGUGGUCAUCGGCCACGUCGACUCUGGAAAGUCGACGACCACUGGACAUUUGAUCUACAAGUGCGGCGGUAUCGACAAGCGUACGAUCGAGAAGUUCGAGAAGGAAGCCGCCGAACUUGGCAAGGGUUCCUUCAAGUACGCAUGGGUCCUCGACAAGCUGAAGGCCGAGCGUGAGCGUGGUAUCACCAUCGACAUUGCCCUCUGGAAGUUCGAAACCCCGAAGUACUACGUUACCGUCAUCGAUGCCCCCGGUCACCGUGAUUUUAUCAAGAACAUGAUCACUGGUACCUCCCAGGCCGACUGCGCCAUUCUCAUCAUCGCCGCUGGUACUGGUGAGUUCGAGGCUGGUAUCUCCAAGGAUGGUCAGACUCGUGAGCACGCUCUGCUCGCCUACACUCUUGGUGUCAAGCAACUCAUCGUUGCCAUCAAUAAGAUGGACACCACCAAGUGGAGCGAGUCCCGUUUCCAGGAGAUCAUCAAAGAGACCUCCAACUUUAUCAAGAAAGUUGGCUACAACCCCAAGACCGUUCCAUUUGUCCCCAUCUCUGGCUUCAACGGUGAUAACAUGAUCGACGUCUCCACGAACUGCCCCUGGUACAAGGGAUGGGAGAAGGAGACCAAGACCAAGGCCUCCGGAAAGACCCUCCUCGAGGCCAUUGAUGCCAUCGACCCACCGUCCCGUCCCUCAGACAAGCCCCUCCGUCUCCCGCUCCAGGAUGUGUACAAGAUUGGCGGUAUUGGCACGGUCCCCGUCGGUCGUGUUGAGACUGGUAUCAUCAAGGCCGGUAUGGUCGUCACCUUCGCCCCUGCUGGUGUGACGACUGAAGUUAAGUCCGUCGAGAUGCACCACGAGCAGCUCGUUGAGGGUGUUCCCGGCGACAACGUCGGCUUCAACGUCAAGAACGUCUCCGUUAAGGAGAUCCGUCGUGGUAAUGUCGCUGGUGACUCCAAGAACGACCCCCCCAAGGGUGCCGAGUCCUUCAACGCCCAGGUUAUUGUCCUCAACCACCCCGGCCAGGUCGGUGCUGGUUACGCCCCUGUCCUUGAUUGCCACACUGCACACAUUGCCUGCAAGUUUGCCGAGCUUUUGGAGAAGAUUGACCGACGAACUGGCAAGUCUGUUGAGACUAGCCCUAAGUUCAUCAAGUCUGGUGACGCUGCCAUCGUCAAGAUGAUUCCGUCCAAGCCCAUGUGCGUUGAGGCCUUCACUGAGUAUCCUCCUCUCGGUCGUUUCGCCGUCCGUGACAUGCGUCAAACCGUUGCCGUUGGUGUCAUCAAGUCCGUCAUCAAGGCCGAUAAGGGUGCUGGUAAGGUCACCAAGGCCGCCCAGAAGGCGUCCAAGAAAUAAGCAAUCACAUCUAUGGUGGCUUGUAUUUCUUUCGACAAUUCAAUGUGAUGGACUCUGGGAAUGCGGUGGCUUGGGAAAAGCCGUGAUGAAAUAUUUCAAGGUUUGAUGCAUUACGGUCUGGGUGGGUGUCCUGGCGUUGUCCUUCCAUAGACUUCAUAACGAUCUCAAAUGAACUUUAUGGGUGGGC